AUGGUUGAGUCUCUGGCGCAGAUGUAUAUCACUGGGAUCUGGCUCGAGGCGAUCUUGUAUGGUACCAACAUUUGUCUUUUCAUCCUGCUCGGCAACAACGGAGCAUCUCGAAAAACGCUCCUGUUUUCGAGCGUUGUCCAAUUUUCGUUGGCUACAGCACAUGUUAUCAUAAGCUUGCUAGAGUUGAUGGCUGCUUUCGCAACUUCAGCCAGCGCUGCUGAUAACUACUUCGCUAACCCUGGUGGCAACGAACUGUUUGUCGGUGGCUUCUAUACAUUCGCUCAAGAACUACUCCUAAUUUGGAGACUAUACGUGAUCUGGGGUCGCAACUUCAAGAUUUGUAUCAUACCGCAACGCCUCUCACCUCGCAAUGUCCAUUCAUACGGACUCGCCGGAUGGGGUCUCGAGACUGGUGUCAAUUUUCUUGCAUCAGGCGGCAUAGCUUACCGUCUAUGGCACGCGGGACGCCGGACGGCUGUUCUCACAGGGCGACCCAACUAUAAGGCUAGCUUCUUCAUCAUUAUUGAAUGUGGGGCCCUUAUCACAACAUGUACCACGGUCAUGUUCUCCCUCUAUGCAGCAAACAAACCGGAGGGACUCGUUGGGGUCGGAGCAGCUACUCAAAUUGCGACUACCUCGCCGUUACUAAUCAUCGCGCGGGUUGGAUUCGCCAUGUCCAAGAGAAAGACGAUUUCGGCAGCGACCACCUUUUCUACCCUCCCGAAUCCUUUGCAAGUGAAUGUUAACAGGGCAUCGUAUGCAUACAAGGAUUACCAACUGGAUGAUAUUUCAGCUGGGGGAAGUGAACUGAGGGACACGAAAGCAAGCGAAGACAGGGAUUGCAGCUUGAGUCGAUCACAUAUAUCGGCAGAAAAGCAGUUUAGACAAAGACAUUGA